AUGAAGAAGAUGCUCGUAUCAGUGGUCUCUCGUGUGCUGUCAGGCAUCGCUGCCCAGAAACCCGCCAGCAGAGUGCUGGUGGGAUCCUGUAACUAUUCAAAACAGGCUACUUUUGAAAUUAAGAAAUGUGAUCUUUAUCGUUUGGAAGAGGGCCCUCCUGCUUCAACAGAGCUCACCAGGGAGGAUGGCCUCAAAUACUACCGGAUGAUGCAAACAGUACGCCGAAUGGAAUUAAAGGCAGAUCAGCUGUAUAAGCAGAAGUUUAUUCGUGGUUUCUGUCAUUUGUGUGAUGGUCAGGAAGCGUGUUGUGUAGGGCUUGAGGCAGGUAUAAAGUCUACAGAUCAUGUCAUCACAUCCUACCGGGCUCAUGGCAUUUGCUUGACUCGCGGGAUUUCUGUCCGAGCCAUUCUUGCAGAGCUUACAGGACGAAAAGGAGGUUGUGCUAAAGGAAAAGGUGGCUCCAUGCAUAUGUAUGCCAAGAACUUCUACGGGGGCAAUGGUAUUGUUGGAGCUCAGGGUCAGCUAUUUGAAGUUUACAAUAUGGCAGCUUUGUGGAAAUUGCCUUGUAUUUUCAUCUGCGAGAAUAACCGCUAUGGAAUGGGAACAUCUGUUGAGAGAGCAGCAGCAAGCACAGAUUAUUACAAGAGGGGCAAUUUUAUUCCUGGACUAAGGGUAGAUGGAAUGGAUAUUCUGUGUGUCCGGGAAGCAACAAAGUUUGCUACCAACUAUUGUAGAUCUGGAAACGGGCCCAUACUGAUGGAGCUCCAGACUUACCGUUAUCACGGACACAGUAUGAGUGAUCCUGGAGUUAGUUAUCGUUCCCGAGAAGAAAUUCAGGAUGUCAGAAGAAAGAGUGACCCUAUUAUGCUUCUCAAAGAUAGAAUGGUAAAUAACGAGCUUGCCAGUGUGGAUGAAUUCAAGGAAAUUGAUGGUGAAGUAAAGAAAGAAAUUGAGGAUGCGGCCCACUUUGCUGUAACUGAUCAGGAACCAACUUUGGAAGAAUUAGGUCAUCAUAUCUACAGUACCAGCCCAUCUUUUGAAAUCCGUGGGACAAAUCAGUGGAUCAAGUUUAAGUCCAUCAGUUAA